AUGGCGAAGGCGGUGGUUUACACACUUUUAGCCACCGCCUUCAUCAUUCUCUUCAUGUUCUCCCCAAACAAACCUCAUGGUCAUACCCGAUUAGGCCUAAACCGUCGCCUUGGCUACAAAGCUCCACAUUUUGACCCUUUGGUCUCAAGAAUUGAGAGAUCAGCGGAAGAAAAAAGAUUGAGCUAUCACGUUGAUCCAGAACACAUUUCUUAUGUUCCUGAGGUUGAAGAUGCCCACGAGUAUUUUGAUGACGAGGGAAAUUUAAACACCACAUUGAGGUUGAUGGUUUUGUUCCCUUUGUUAGACAAUGCACCAAAAGAUGGUUUAAUCAGUGCCAAGGAGCUAGGGGCUUGGAUUGGGCAACAGGCCAUUGAUCGUUUGAGUUAUAGAACAGAUAAAGUCUUGUCAUGGCACGAUAAAAAUGGGGAUGCAGCUAUCAGCUUCAGCGAGUAUCUGCGUCAUUUUACUCAGGAUGAUAUAGAUGAAAAUGGAAAGGGACAUGGUGAAGCUGGAUGGUGGAUGGAGCAAUUCAAAAAUGCAGACACAGAUACGAGUGGGAAUCUUGACUUCAAUGAAUUGAAAGAUUUCUUACAUCCAGAAGAUAGUGAGAAUGAAGAAAUUCAGAAAUGGCUGUUGAGCGAAAAGAUGAAACGUAUGGAUGAUGAUCACGAUGGAAAACUCAAUUUCCAGGAAUUUCUAGAGUACGCAUACAACAUUUACAAAACCUAUGCUGAAUUUGAAAAUGCCGCUGCCACUGCACCUACAGCUGAAGAAAAAUUUGCGGAGCUAGAUAUCAACGAAGACAAAUAUCUGGUGAUGGAGGAAUUGAAACCCAUACUCCGUUAUCUCUACCCUGGCGAGUUGUUCUACGCCAGGUACUUCACCAGUUAUCUGAUGUACGAGGCUGAUGAUAAUAAAGAUGGGAAUUUGACGAUUGAAGAGAUGCUCAAUCACGAAAACAUAUUCUACAACUCACUCCAUGAUGACAGCAUCUACGAUGACGACUUUGAUGAUAUCCGUGACGAACUCUAG